AUCACUGAUUACCGUAAGCUAUGUUAAGAUUACAUAACACGGUUUACACAAAAUCCGGAUUAGAGAGGUUGUUCUGUAUAUUGCUGCUUUCGAAUGCUGUAUUUUGGGGUGAGGGGUGUACAGAUUACAAUCCAAUUCACGGGGAGAGGUAUAUCGGUCCAGUGGUUUCUAUGGUUACCAUGGUGGGACGACAGAUGUGUGUUAAUGAGUGCCUUGCAAGACCUGCUGACUGUGGGGGCGUGAACUACAGGAAAACGCACUUUCUCUGUGAAAUUGUGACAGAAAUAAAUCAAACUGAACCAGCUUCGGAGUACGUUAGAAUUCGACUUGAUGACGUGGUUGGUAACCAAACAGAAUGCCAAUCGUGUUCAUCUGGAGAGAAAUGUGUCAGAUUAUCCAGCAAUAAAAGGCACUGUGUCCAAGAAUAUGAUCCGGUUGAUUGUACCGCUAUACAUGGACUGUCCUCAUCUCUACCUAGUGGACUGUAUAGAAUAAAAAUUCCAAUCCUGGGUCACGUGACUGCUGUAUGCGAGAUGGAGAUCGAUGGAGGAGGCUGGACGAUUUUUCAACGUCGCAUGGACGGUUCUGAAGAUUUCUAUCGCACAUGGGCGGAGUACAAGAACGGAUUUGGAAAUCUGACGUCAGAGUUUUGGCUAGGUAAUGACAAACUGCAUUAUCUGCUGAGUCAGGGAUCCUAUGAAUUAAGGAUGGAUAUGAGUGACUUCAGGAAUGAGACUCGUUAUGUUAAAUAUAGCAGCAUUUCUGUUGGCAACGAGGCUUCUAAAUACGUCAUAUCCAUAUCUGGUUUCUCAGGAAAUGUUGGUGAUUGCUUUACAUCGGAACAUCCAAUAAACAACAUGAAGUUUACGACAAAAGAUCAAGACAAUGAUGUCAAAUCCAGCAACAACUGCGCAGUUCAGUAUCAGUCUGGAUGGUGGCAUAACAGUUGUCAUUGUUCCAACCCGAAUGGCCUCUACUUGGCGGGGGAAACGUCAAUACAUGCUGACGGCAUCACGUACAGUCCUUGGCGUACUCAGUAUUACUCGCUGAAAACUAUUCAACUGAUGGUUAGAAGGGUGGUAUGAGAGGAAUCUGUGAAGGGGAAGACGGCCAGCGUUCGAAGGAUAUUCCAAAACCUUUAACUGAUCUUAUUUUCACUUGUCUGGGGUGAUCAUUGAUGAACAUUGUAAAUUCGUCACUGAGUGACUUUCAUUGAUUCCGCAGUGGCUAUUCAGUGUCCUUUUAUUUAAGCAAUAUAUUAGUAUUUUGUGAAAGAUGUAGUCUCGUAACUGCAACGACUUGCGCAUACGGAUUGAAUAUGACGCAUAAUUCAUUGCUUUUAUUUACAUUUCAAAAAUAUUUUUAAUGUGUGUAUAUUUCAUUUGUAUCUCAAAUAUCCCUUCCAGCCGUAGAAAGCAAAUUGUGAUAUCAUAACGUGAAAGAAAAGAGUGCGCAAUGCUGAAAAAUUCAAUAGUCCGAUUCUUGAAUUGAGUUUCGAUAUAUAUCAUAAAAUCAACUUAUUAACAAAGUUUGCAAUUUGAACUGGGUUUAAUCAGUUCAUAUAAAUCUAAUUGUUAGCUGCGUAUGUAUAAGCACUACAGAUGCUAGUCGGCCACUUCGAGAAAUUGAAAGUACAAUGGAAUAUGUUGUUCACAGUACAGUACGAGUUAUUUCCCUCUGAUUUCAUGAGUGCACAACACGAUGGGGUCCUCAAGUGAUUGCGUCAAUAUAAGAAUAGAUAGAUAUAUUGAUUAAUUAUUGUUUAACGUCCCUCUCGAGAAUAUUUCACUCAUAUGGAGACAUCACUACUGCCGGUGAAGGUCUGCAAAGUUUAGACCUAUACUCGGCACUUAUGGCCAUUGAGCAGGGAGGGAUCUUUAUCGUGCCACACCUGCUGUGAUACGGGACCUCAGUUUUUGCGGUCUCAUCCGAAGGACCGCCCCAUUUAGUCGCCUCUUACGCCAAGCAAGGGGUACUGGGGACAUAUUCUAACCCGGAUCGAAUACAUAGAGAAUGUAGUAUUUCUGAUUGUAACUAAGUGACAGUUAAGGAAUUUUUGUAGAAAUUAAGUGCAAUUACUGACAAAUGACAUGACUGUACAACAUUUUUAGUCAUUUAUUAUAUUUAUGUAUCCCGUAUGUGAUUUUUCGCAGUUCGCGGUAUUUUAUAUAAGAAUGAUAAAGAUGAGCAAUUCUUCA